UUGCUUUAGUUAAAAUGUGAAUUAGUUUUUGUUUUACUGACCGAAAAAUAAAUACAAGAUGGCCGUCGAGAAGUUUCUGUGGGCAUCCACCGUCCUCCUACGACUUAUGCUAGUUGCUACAGACCUCUGUUAUACCCAGGCUACACUAUUGACAUUCCAAGACCUCCUGCCUGAAGACCCCAAGUUAUAUGACAAAAUGCGACCACCAAAGAAAAAUGAUCAACCGACGAUUGUUAAUUUUCAUGUCACUGUUAUGGGCUUGGAUUCCAUCGAUGAGAAUUCAAUGACAUAUGCGGCUGACAUUUUCUUCGCCCAAACAUGGAAGGACUUCAGACUAAGACUACCAGAAAACAUGACUUCGGAAUAUAGGCUCCUAGAUCUCGAUUGGCUAAAGCACAUGUGGCGUCCAGAUUCCUUCUUCAAGAACGCAAAGUCUGUGACCUUUCAGACGAUGACGAUCCCCAACCACUACGUAUGGCUGUACAAGGAUAAGACUAUAUUAUACAUGGUGAAGUUGACAUUGAAACUCUCCUGUGCCAUGAACUUCCUCAUCUACCCUCACGACACUCAGGAGUGCAAGCUGCAGAUGGAGAGCUUAUCGCACACGACAGACGACCUGAUCUUCCAGUGGGAUCCUGACGUGCCGCUGGUUGUGGAUGAGAACAUAGAACUGCCACAACUCGAGCUGGUGCAGAACAGGACUGCCGAUUGCACGCAAGUCUACUCGACUGGCAACUUCACGUGUCUGGAAGUUAUCUUCAAGCUGAAGCGUCGCCUCGGUUACCAUCUGUUCAACACGUACAUACCCACCUGUCUCAUUGUCAUCAUGUCCUGGGUGUCGUUCUGGAUCAAACCGGACGCGGCGCCAGCGCGAGUAACACUUGGCGUGACCUCACUUCUGACGCUAUCCACACAGCACGCCAAGUCGCAGGCGCAGCUGCCGCCCGUCUCCUACCUCAAGGCUGUCGAUGCAUUUAUGUCUGUCUGUACCGUAUUCGUGUUCAUGGCGCUUAUGGAGUACUGUCUUGUCAAUAUAAUCUUAGAUGACGGCGGUCGGAAGCCCAAGGAGCCAGCUGAAGCCGCUAAAGCCAGGCUGCGAGCAAUCAGCAUUGACCGUUUUUCUAGAGUCUUCUUUCCUCUUCUGUUCUCUGUUCUCAACGCCACCUAUUGGAUACAAUUCGCGCAGUACAUCUAA